UUGCACCCUCACUCUUCAUCCAUCCUGUUCUCCUUGCUUCCCUCCCAGAACACUUGGACCAUGGACUCUGGACUCCCUGAGGCCCUGCACCCCACUCCUGGGGGCACCCUCUCUGCCCCCAAUGCUACCACACCCUGGCUUGGCCGGGAUGAAGAGCUGGCAAAGGUGGAAAUUGGGGUCCUGGCCACUGUGCUGGUGCUGGCGACUGGAGGCAACCUGGUGGUGCUGCUGACCCUGGGCCGGCUGGGCCGCAAGCGCUCUCGGAUGCACCUGUUUGUGCUACACCUGGCACUGACAGACCUGGGUGUGGCGCUCUUCCAGGUGCUGCCCCAGCUGCUGUGGGACAUCACCUACCGCUUCCAGGGCCCCGACAUCCUCUGCCGGGCCGUCAAAUACCUGCAGGUGUUCAGCAUGUUUGCCUCCACCUACAUGCUGCUGGCCAUGACACUGGACCGCUACCUUGCUGUCUGCCAUCCAUUGCGCAGCCUCCAGCAACUUAGCCAGUCCACCUACCCGCUCAUCGCUGCUCCCUGGCUGCUGGCUGCCAUCCUCAGUCUCCCUCAGAUCUUCAUCUUCUCUUUGAGGGAGGCCAUCCAGGGCUCUGGGGUGCUGGACUGCUGGGCAGACUUCCGCUUCCCCUGGGGCCUACGGGUCUACAUCACCUGGACCACCCUGGCCAUCUUCAUUCUGCCCAUGGUCAUGCUCACUGCCUGCUACAGCCUCAUCUGCCAUGAGAUCUGUAAGAACCUCAAGGUUAAGACGCAGGCCUGGAGGUCUGAAGGAGGGGGUCGAAGGACAUUGGACAGGCCCUUGCCCUCUGCUCCUGCAGCUGCUACUCGGGGGCUGCAAUCCAGGGUCAGCAGCAUCAGCACCAUCUCUCGGGCCAAGAUCCGCACUGUGAAAAUGACCUUUGUCAUCGUGCUGGCCUACAUUGCCUGCUGGGCACCAUUCUUCAGUGUCCAGAUGUGGUCUGCAUGGGAUGAGGAUGCCCCCAAUGAAGACUCAACCAACGUGCCUUUCACCAUCUCCAUGCUUCUGGGAAACCUCAGCAGCUGCUGCAACCCCUGGAUCUACAUGGGCUUCAACAGCCACCUGUGGCCACGCCCUCUGCGCCUCAUGGCCUGUUUCGGGGGUCCCCCACCUUGGAUGCUCAGGCAGCUCUCCAAUGGCAGCCUCUCAAGCAGAGGCACCAUACUGCUGACACGCUCCAGUUGUCAACAUGGCAUCAGCCUCAGCCCUAGCUUUGCUGGGAGGCCUGAGCCCAAAGAGUCCCUAAAGGGCUCAGAGCAGGUGGACAUGGAAGCCAUCACGGAGACGGGCACCUUCUAG